AUGGCCGCCAAGUCCCCCGUUGUCCUCAUCCUCGGCGCAGGCUCCAAUAUCGGCCAGGCCGUCGCCCGCACCUUCGCCUCUAAGGGCUACAAGGUCGCCCUUGCUGCCCGCUCACUGAAGGAGGCCGAUAGCACCGACAACCAGCUGAACAUCCCAAGCGACUUCUCCAACACCGACGAUGUGGUCAAUGCCUUUACCAAGGUGAAGAAGGUGUUCGGCGUCCCCAGUGUCGUUAUCUACAAUGCCAGUGCCGGGAGCUUCACCCCGGCCGACGACCCCUUUGCCCUCUCCCUUGCCGACUUCAGUCGCGACACGACCAUCAACAUCCACAGUGCCUUUGUCGCCGCGCAACAGGCCGUCUCGGGCUUUGCAGAGCUUCCGGAUUCGGCCGCGCGCACCUUCAUCUACACAGGCAAUGUCCUGAACGUCGCCAUCCUCCCGCGAUUUGUCGCCGCGGGCAUCGGUAAGUCGGGCGCCGCUCACAUGAUCUGGGCGGCCUCGGCAGCGUACAAAGACCGUGGAUACAAAUUCUACUAUGCCGACGAACGGAAGCCAGACGGACAGCCCAAAUACCGCGUCGACGCUGACGCUCAUGCGGAUCUCUACUGGAAGCUGGCCCACGCCAAGACGCAGGGCCCUUGGAUGCAGACAUUCGUCCAGGGUGUGGGAUAUGAGAAGUUCGACGCUAUAUAUACUCCUGUCGCGUGA